AUGGGUGCCGCGGGCUGUGUGAAUGUUGAAGGGAUCACUAUUGCUGCUGCUUCUGGUAUAUACAAACAGCGAGACUACUCCCGGGGACGGUACGAGCAACAGCCAUAUUCCCCCGACGAUCUGAGGAGCGUGUAUCAUACGCGGCAAUUCGAUAUAACUAAGCUGGGCCUCUUGAGUAGACCUGAUAUCUUCAUGUCGCACGACUGGCCUAAUGGAGUUGAGCAAUUCGGCGAUACGGAAUCGCUGAUUCGAUGCAAACCGUUCUUUCGUGAAGAAAUUCAGACAUCUACACUGGGGUCACCGCCCUUGCAGGCACUGUUGCAUGAUCUACAACCACGAUAUUGGUUUUCGGCUCACCUUCACGUACGAUUUACAGCUACAGUUGUACAUGGUGCUGCGCCUCUGAAGACAAGCAUCGCUGAAUCAAAUCCUGAAUCUAUACCACUGGGUGAUGAAGAAGAAGAGCCGAGAAUUCCAACUCAAACGACAAACUUUUUGGCCCUCGGCAAAUGUGCGUCUAGAAAUGAGUAUCUCCAUUUUUUCGAUAUCUCAUCCCCCCGAGAUGAUUUUUUGAGAGAACAAACGGAGCAACGCCCCGACUUGACCCUGGAGUUCAACAGAGAUUGGUUGGCAAUAACAAGAGCCACACAAGAGUACUUUACAUUUCAUCGGAGGCAAACACCUUUGCCCUCGCCUCGAGAUCCAGCUCUUCUUGCAAGAGUCGAACAGGAACGUGAUGCUAUUGAUGUUAAAGCACGCAAUAUCGGUCCAGCCUUUUUUUGCAUUCGCCGCAUGCAACCCUUUCAACGCACAGCCCUCACUCAGAACGAAAUCAAAACUCUUCCUGCCUCGAGCUACAUUUUCAGUAAUCCUCAAACAGAGGCAUUCUGUCAACUUGUUGGCAUACCCAACCUGAUUAAUACGCGCACACCCUAUCUGCCUCAAGGCAAAAGUAAGGAAACAAACGCAUCUGAAGAAAUUGCUCGUAUCCGCGCCAUGGCCCAUGAACGGAAGCGUAGGCGCCGAGCUGGCUCGUGA